AUUGUUGAACAGGAGAGGGCGGAGGGAGAAGGAAGGGAACAAAAAUGAAGAGCACUAGGAGAGAAAUGGAGAAGAAGUCGGAGAUAGGUUCAGCCAUUGAAGAGCUUUCUACGAUGACCAUAGUUAAACCUGGUGAAAAUCACGGGUCUGCCCACAUCCCCACUAAGCCUUUUCUCUCUGUUUGUUACUUCGUUCUUCAAGUUCUUGAUAAGAUAGGGCCAACAAUGACUGUUAUGAGACAAGACGUGUACCAGAAUAUUAAGACCUUGGAACUGAUGCAUGAAUCAAAUCCCUCAUUGAACUCGAAUUUGGUUGAGAUAUUGAAGUCAGAAGCAAGAGAAGGCAAUGCUAGGAAAGGGUCAAGCUGCAGUAAGGCCCUUGUUUGGCUUACUAGGACCCUGGAUUUCGCCUCGUUGUUGUUACACACACUGGCAAAAGAUCCUGAAAAGAGAAUGGAGCAAGUAGUUGAAGAGGCUUAUGAUGUAACUUUAAAACCGAGGCAUGGAUGGAUUUCAUCUGCUGCUUUCAGAGUGGCUCUAAGACUGGUCCCAGAAAGUAAAACAUUCGUAAAUAUUCUUAAAACUGAAGAUGAAAACUAUGACACCCUAAAGGAGAACAUGCAGAUGCUGGUUUCUCUAUUUGUGCCUUUUCUUGAGGAUAUGCAUUGUAUUCUAAGAUUGUACAACUUGGACAAGCUAAAGUCAACCUAAAGUCAAAGAGAGAAGAGCCAAUGUGUAGUUUCAUGUAUUAUGGCUUCCCUAAGAGAAAUUAUUAAACGAUCCAACACGAAUCAUAUGGUCUCGGUGAAUCUCUAGAUGAUAUGCAAUUAACUAUUAUUAAUUUUUCUCUUAAAUUAAAAACUUAAAUACAUAUAUACCAUACAGAGAUCGAUUAAUAUUAUGGACAAGUGAUGAUUCUACACUUCAUAAUAAUUCUUCCUUCAUAUGAUAUGGUUACUUUCAUAUAAACGAAGAUGUAAAUAGCUUGUAUAUUAACUGAUAAAAAAAAUAGUUUGUAUACCAAAA